GUGCUGCGCCGUGCAAGCCGCGGUGAUGUAUAUGGAGCUUGGGCUUUGAAUACGACUCGCUCGCGCGCCGCUCCGUGCAGCCGUUGGGCUCCGGCUGCGGUGACUGUCUCGCGCUGCUUGUUGCCUUGGGAGCCGUUGGUCCUCCGCGUGGCUGCUGCGGGCGCCACCUGGGGAAAGCGGCUCGUGGCGGCCGCAAACCGCCCAAACAACUGGGAUUAAUCCAAGAGACCGGGUCACCGCGGCAAGUUUGUCUAUGUGGGUGUGGAGGAAGAGAACAAAAUUAGUGGAAAGGCAAACAAAAAUGACCGCCAACUUCUAACACGCGUGGCUUUUCAAAGCAGAAGGGAAAAUGUAACUACUGUCCAUGGUAGACGAUUAUCGCGGAACAUGUUUUCAAAUAAAGUCAAAAUGUGUAUUGCACGCUACUGUGGGACCAUAGCGCUCGUCCUCUUCGCCGUCGCAAACGUUCGCAGCCAAGUACUACCUACAGGUUCAGAAGGAUUGCAGAAUGUCUACACAUUCCCAGCAUAUCUUCCUGUGAACUACAAGCUCUCAAAUGUACAGCUAGCCUUCUUCCUGAAUAAGGACAAACCAAGCACACAUUGGAACAGCACCAAGUCACUCCAACGCUUGGAACACUUUGUCGUAUUUCAGACGAAAGAACUUCCAGUGGUGAAUGCUACUUUAGGACCUUUCUCCAUGGAUCGCAUUCUCCCAAAAGAUAUACUUCAGCCCACAAGUACAUUGGAAGUACUGGACAGAUUCACCAUGAAUUGGAAGGUCAGAGCCUUUAUUAUCCAACAAAGAGUUCCUUUUAACCAGCCACUUGUUCAAGUACUAUUUUAUGUGGCAGGUCGAGAUUGGGAUGACUUUGACGUUGUAGACAAGUUACCAUGUGCUAGACUUCAUAUUUUCCGAGAUGUCAGGGAUAUUGAAAGCUCCUGCAGACUGAGAGGAAUCUUGGCCAUUUGCCUGGUCCAAGUUGAAUUGCCCUUUGCCUGGUUUAGUUCUGGCACCACAACUCUGGGAAGAAAGAAAUCAAUGGAUAAUCUGGAUACAAUCAGUGAAAAUCUUCAAGUUGAACUUUAUUACACCUUGCAUCCUCCGGAUAGAAAUGGGGAAUGCAAUGCUGGCAGUGAUGCAUCUUAUCGUAAAGGGAAAAAUGUCAGGCAAGGUGGAUCUCCCCAGCAGCCUCUGCUACGUAUAGGGAGUAUUAAUUUAUACCAGCCUUCCCAAGCACAGUUAAUUCAGGAACACAGAUUUGAUGGAAAUAUUUUCAUUCGUUUGCCAGAAGGACCACUAAAAUCUGGGGAAAUCCUUAGUAUCUCUGUGUUUCUAACACCAAAUUCAACAGUGGAGCAAUUCAUUCUGAGGGUAAAGGCCAAAAAAGGAGUGAACCUGAAAAAUAUGUGGCCCAAAAAUCCUGAAACCUGGCAGUUGAGAUCAGAGAUCAUGAAUGGUGGAAAACAUUCUAUUGCCACAGUGGAGAUGAAUAGAAAGCAAGGAGUUUUAAGCAGCAGAGAAAGUGUUCAGCCCAACGAAAUCAUUCAAUUGAAUUUCGAGAUGGAAAAUUUUACCAGCCAGUCAGUGACAAGACGUAUUCAAUGGCAUGUUGACUACCGUGGGAAAGACCCUCCUCCAGAUUUGGACAAAGUGGUAACAGAGUUGGCAGUGAUCCAAAAAGACAUCCGUGCUAUUGUACCACUCUCCAUGGAUACAGAGAUCAUCAAUACUGCAAUACUGACAGGAAGGACUGUCGCCAUUCCUUUAAAGGUCGUUGCUGUGGAAAUGAAUGGAAUCAUCACAGAUGUGUCACCCUCUGUUCAGUGCAGAUCAACUAAUGAAGAUAUUAUUAAGGUCUCCAAAGGUUGUGAUUAUGUGUUUGUGAGUGGCAAGGAAUCUCGAGGCUCAAUGAAUGCCCGGAUUAUUUUCAACUAUGAGCACUUGAGUGCCCCACUGGAGUUGACAGUUUGGGUACCAAAACUUCCUCUGCAGAUUGAAUUGUCAGAUGGCAAACUAAGUCAAGUGAAAGGAUGGAGAGUGCCAAUCCUCCCUGAUAGAAGAUCCACUCGUGACAGUGAAGAUGAAGAUGAGGAAGAGCGAAGCAAAACACGAGGCUGCACUCUGCAGUACCAACAUGCACUAGUGCGUGUGUUCACACAAUUCCAUACAACGUCCUCAGAGGGCACUGAUCAGGUGAUCACCAUGUUAGGAUCUGACUGGUCAGUGGAUGUCACUGAUCUAGUCAGCGACUUCAUGAGAGUGGCAGAUACAAGAAUUGCACAGAUCAUGGAGGGCAAUGUGCUGAGUGGACGUGAACCCGGAACAACUAUGUUCAAGGUUGUCUCUCCACUUAUGGAGGUUGUACUGGGGGAAGUGCCACUGAUUGUUGCCGAUGAUAAAGUCACCAUUACUGACCUCAGAGCAGAACUCGUCUCAGGUCUGUCAUUGAACCUUGAAUCUAAUCCUGGAACUAGUCACACCUUUAUUGCCAAGACAACGGCUCAACAGCGCCUUCAAACACUGAAACAGGAAGGUAUCCUGAGCACAUGGAUUUUCUACAGUGACAACACAGCUGUACCAUUGACCCUUUAUGAUGCUAAGGACUACAACCUGACAGUUACCACACUGAAUGACAAAGUAGUCUCUUCAACCCAGGAUUCUGUUUGGUCUCUGAUAAUAGCAGAAGGCGAAGGGUCAGGCGAAUUUAUUAAGGUGGAAUUGGGGAUCUGUGAACUGUGUAAAAAGACCAAUCGCAAGAGUUUGUUGUUUGUAACACUGGUCAAUGUGAAUGUCCACUUUGGGUCUGAUGAUAACUCAGAAGAAGACCUAGAAAACACUGGUGAGGACUACGCACCUGAUGGAGUUAGAUUUGAAAGUAACCCAUUUGGACAUAAACCAAAAGAGAAAGGGCAAUUUGACUUCAAGCCAGAUACUUCCUCUGCAACUGGUGACCAUGAGGGAAGUGUUCUACGGAAGGUUGGCACAACAGUAAAGUCAUCUGUAGAAGAAAGGACUGAUUCAAGGGUGGAACUGGGCAGGGAUAUUGAUGGCAUGCAAGAUAGUGGAGUGCACUUUGAUAACACAAGGGUGUCCAGCCUGCCUGUUGAUAUUGAUAUUACAGAUCUGCCAAAGGAUCUUGCAGAUCCUGAUGAUGAAUAUGCUCCCACACCAAGGGGUCUGACUGACUUGGAAAUUGGAAUGUAUGCACUAUUAGGGGUCUUCUGUCUUGCCAUUUUGGUUUUUCUAAUAAACUGCAUUGUCUUUGUUCUCAAGUAUAGGCACAAACGUAUUCCCCCAGAAGGGCAAGCAAGCAUGGACCAUUCGCAUCACUGGGUGUUCCUAGGCAAUGGUCAACCCCUUCGUACCCAGGCUGACCUCUCACCCCAGCCUGAAAGUCCUGGAAACCCAUUAGAAAAUAUCCAAACUUGCUGCCAUAGUGACCAUCAGAGUAGUGGCAGCUCACAGACAAGUGUACAAAGUCAAGUGCACAGCAGAGCAGAUGGUUCAUCUGGGGGCUCAGUAAGGGAACACAGUGAGGAUCCGCUGCACUCACCCACCUCCAAACGUAAGAGAGUCAAGUUUACCACUUUCACCACACUGCCAUCAGAGGAACUUGGCCUGGCCUACAAUUGCAUCCCUAUAGCCGAUGAGGAAGACAUUGAGUGGGUCUGCCAAGAUAUGGGCCUCAGAGACCCAGAAGAACUACACAGCUAUAUUCAGAGAAUAAAGGAGAUUGCAUAGACUGCUGCAGCUUUUCCUUUGGUACAUUUAUAUUUACCAGAAAUUUGUCUCAUGUACAGUUUUUGUUUGACCCACAGUAUGAGGCUGCAAAGCGUGGAGAUCUACGGAAUAGAAAAGCACUAUAACAACGCUUAUGGUCAAUUGGCCACUGACAAGGCUGCAUUAAGUAUAAUGCAUUUGCAGCUGAUCAAACGUUUUGGAAAGAUUAUACUCUACUGGAAAUGGUAUUAACAAAUUACAGUUUACAGGAGGCAAAGUCUCUUAUGUCAAUGUAAGAAAUAACUAGUAUAGCACAGAGGCAUACUGUUCACUGUUAUUCAAAGAAUGUAUGCUGGGAUUUCUUUGUGUAGGUGACAGUAAAAUGAGACUGUAUCAUUCAUGAAAAUGCUUAUUUUCAACUUAGACUCCAAUAGUCUGCAACCUGCAGAAAAUCACAUGCAAUACACAUUGAUGGAUUGCUAAAAAGUGCAAAACAGAACUUCAGCUACUAGAUUUGAAAGAACAGAUAUGAUAAACCUGUAUCAAGUAGGUUGACCACUGAACCAAGCUGAUCGUUUCACUACCAAUUCUGUCUGAAACAGUGUUAUUUGUUGCAUUUUGAAAGUAAUCACAGUUUGAGCUCAUGAUCAGUUCUGUACCUUGAUGACAUCUGUUCCAUUCAAGUUUAGGUUUCAUUUUAAUUGCAGUGAUGGAAGCUGUUGAAGCAAGUGCAUGACACAGAUUGCAGUAAGUGCUGAUUGGAGCAAAGCUGAUAUUAUAAGUGAUUAAUCAAAGCGAUGAAUAGGUUUCUCUGUUUAUGGAAAACAAAUAAUGUUAUAUAGCUCUGUGAACUGUGGCAGCACGCACUUGGCAUCAUUAUAUAUUCAUUUUAAUUUAAUAUGCAUACUUACAGUACAAUUUAUUGGAAAUGCAGGAGCAGAAAUGUUCAUAUACACAAGCUUUCUUAAUGAACCACAGUAGGAAUCAGUUGUGUUCAAAUGUAUUGCAAAAAUUCUUAAUUUGCAGGAACUGGAACCUGUAAUUUUAUCUAUAAAUCAAUAAUAACAAAUGCAGCCUAAAAGUUAGGAGUUCUGGAAGGAUUCUUUGUUUAGUUGGGUAAACAAGGAAUUGUAUCAAUUCACUGUGAGGCACUGUUAGAAAAUAAACCCCAAAUGACAUCAGCCAGUGUAAAUAAUUGAAGGAGAAUUUGGCUCAAGUUGACUGGGUGUGUGUGUACUUAUAGUUCUGUGCAGAUCUUCCAGCUUGAAAAAGAACUAAUCUUGGCUAUGUGCUGUAGGCCAGUUGAAUUUUCUGACUAAUCCACUAAAUUUUGGGUGAAUUGAGAAUGCAUUGAAAGAGGAUAAUCAAGACUUGAUAGAGCAAUAGCAGAGUAAGAUUUCUCCAAGGUGCAUAUACUAACUGCUAACUCCCCUGAAACUUGAUGUGAGCAACAGUUUGGAUUUCCAAUCGUAAGGGUGAGAUAGUUUUACUUCAUGCUUAUGAUUUAUUAUAUAUAAAUUUCUAUAUUAAACACAACUUCUAAUGAAGCUCUUAGUUGACAUGUGCCAUUCCACCCAGUCUGGCUGUUGUUUUCAUGUUCUUAAAUGUACCAUAUCUAAUUUGUAAAUCAGUGCUCAUAAUUGUUGAAGUAUACUUGAAUCUUCAGUUAGCAUUACACAGACUUGUGAUAGUUUUAUUUAUUACUUCAUAAACUGCACAAAAAUUCUAUUAGUUAGAAAUUUCUGAAUCAGUGCUUGUUGAUCCACAUUUUUUCUGUUCAGCUCUUGGAACAGAAAUUCCUGCUUGACCAUUUAGUGCUCCUCAUAAUAAAUACCAAUUUAACGCCCAGAUUCAUUUACUCUGUUCAAUUAACAGAGUAAAUAACUGAAUGAGAGUAAAUCUUGAUUCUCACAAAGUCCUGACAAUUUAUAUAUGCCUUAUAAUCAAUAGUUAAUACACGCCUUCUUGUCAGUUACUUUUUAUCAAAAAUGUCUCGAGUCAAAGACAAUGGUCUGGAUUUUACUAUGGGAAUUAGUCCACUUAAACUGUCAGCCAUUUCAGGAGUUCACACAUCCUCAUUGAGUCUACAUUCCAGCGUAGGGUGUGCUGUAUAGGCUCAUUCAGAUUUGUGUUGUCAUGAUUUAUGGGGGGAAAAAAAACUUUUGUCUGACAUCAUCUCACUGUAAUACCCUUGGAAAAGUUACACCUUUGUUGAAUGAGGUGUAACUGCGUUUUUAAAGACGUGCUAACUUCAUCAUUAGUUCUAACACACUCAUGGCCCGAAUAGCUAUUUUAUUGUUGUGGAAAAUCAAAUCUCUCUAUCAUAAUGACAAAAAAAAAUCACAAUUUUAAUUUCCUAUUUUUGUAGAAUCCCUAUAGUAUGGAAGCAGGCCCUCCAGCCCAUUCGGACCCUCCAAAGAGCAUCCAAUCCAGAUCCACUUCCCUACCCUAUCCCUAUAAAGCUGCAUUUCCAUUGGCUAAUCCACCUAAUUUGCAAAUCCCUAGACAACAUGGGCAAUUUAACCUGGCCAAUCCACAUAACCUGCACAUGUUUGGACUGUGGAAGGAAACCAGAGCACCUAGAGGAAACCCACACAGAUACAGGGAGAAUGUUUAAACU